CCUUUCUUAAAUCUCAGAACCAUCACUCACACAAACACACAGCAUCGUCAUCAUCAUAUCACAACUCAAACAGGAGAGAGAAAGUGAAAAAAAGAAACUUUUUUUUAGAGAGAGAAAGAGAGGGUAGCCCUAGAAAAAUAUGCAACCAGAUAAGGACUUUUGCAGCUGAGACACUGCAGAAGAGUUAGAGAGAGAGAGAGACAUAGUUUACUUUUCCUUUUCAAUUUUCAAGAUUUAUUUUUUAUUUGUUUUAAGUUUUUUUUUUUUUUUCAUUGUUGAUAAGUAUUUUGCUUCAUUGCACUGACACCCUGGUUCUCUCACCUCUUUUUUUCUCUGUGCAACUCUGCCACCACACUCUUCAUUUCCCAAGAGUAAGAAAAAAACUGUAGAACUUUUUUCUUUUGAUUCAAUUACUAGCUUCCAUUUCCUCACAGGUGGAACUGUGAAUGUGCACCACAGCUUUUUGAUCCUGUUGUUAAAAUAGCUAGGUGAUAAUUUUCGGUGUAUUGAAUAUUGGUGUGAAAGUUUCUGGUGAAAGAUUCUGAAGGCAAUUGAAGUAAAUGCAUGGAUCGUGGGGACCAAAUGGCGUUAUCCGGGUCUUACUAUAUGCAGCAAAGGGGAAUUCCUGGAUCUGGAGCACAACCCGAGUUGCAUAUGUCACCUAAUAUUCGACCACUCUCCAAUCCAAAUCUACCAUUUCAAUCCAGCAUUGGUGGUGGUUCCAUUGGAUCCACAUUGCCAUUAGAGUCUUCUUCAAUUUCAGCUCACGGAGUCAAUAUGGGAGCUCCUCCUGGGGCACCUCCAGGGGAGCCUGUUAAAAGGAAGAGAGGAAGGCCUAGGAAAUAUGGCACUGAUGGAACUGUGUCAUUGGCAUUGACUCCAACUCCAACAUCAUCUGGUCACCCUGGAGCCUUGGGACAGAGCCAGAAACGUGGCAGAGGCCGACCACCUGGUACUGGGAAAAAACAGCAGUUGGCUUCUCUUGGUGAAUUGAUGUCUGGUUCAGCUGGGAUGGGAUUCACUCCUCAUAUCAUCAACAUUGCAAGUGGAGAAGACAUUGCAACAAAAAUCAUGGCAUUUUCUCAGCAGGGACCUCGAGCUGUUUGUAUUUUGUCAGCCAAUGGCGCGGUGUCAACUGUCACACUUCGACAGCCAUCAACUUCAGGCGGCACUGUCACAUACGAGGGGCGCUUCGAGAUAGUGUGCCUUUCAGGCUCUUAUUUGGUCACUGAUAGUGGUGGCUCACGCAAUCGAACUGGUGGACUGAGUGUGUCCCUUGCUAGUCCUGAUGGUCGUGUCAUUGGUGGAGGAGUUGGUGGAGUUCUUAUUGCAUCAAGUCCUGUUCAGGUGGUAGUUGGGAGUUUUCAAUGGGGUGGAUCAAAGACAAAGAACAAGAAGAAGGAAAGCGCGGAAGUUGCAGAAGUUGCUGUGGAAUCAGAUCAUCAGGGAGUUCAUAAUCCAGUGGCACUGAACAGCAUCUCACCAAAUCAAAAUCUUUCUCCAAACCCUUCAUCUUUGAGUCCUUGGUCUCAAUCACGACCGUUGGAUAUGCGUAAUUCCCAUGUGGACAUUGACUUGAUGCGUGGGUGACAUUUCAUUCAAUACACACUAGUGCUGUGUAUAUAUAUUUCAGAUUCAUGUUCACUCAUCUAAUUUUGUUGUAGUAGUAAUGACAGAGUGGGAAGUACCAACAACAGAGUAGAGCCAGCUGACUUUUGCAAUUGAUAAAUCUCACCUAUCCCUACACCCAUGAUUAUUGACUUGGGGUUGUACUCAUAUUUUUGUAGCUGUGAGGAAUUUAAAUUUGAAGAUUGUAUGUUCUUGAUUGGUAAUGAUACAAUUUAUGUCC